AGAGAAGCGGUGGUCGCGGAGACCCACCCACCCCGGCUUGCCUCACCUCACUCCCCCUCCGCCAGAAGGAGGCACUCAGAAACUUCUAGAUUUGUGCUGUGCAAUUUCUCUGGAAAUGUCUGGACAUGUCCAAGGGCAGGAACGGAGGAUCGUCCUGGUGGGCAAAACCGGCAACGGGAAAAGCGCUACGGCAAACACAAUCCUGGGAAAGCACGUCUUUGAAUCCAAGAUGGCUUUCGGUUCCGUCACUCAGAGUUGCCAAAAGGAGGAGGCCGAGGUGAAUGGCAGGAAGGUGGUGAUCGUGGAUACGCCCGGAUUCCUCGACACCGGGCGUCCCAAGCGAGAAACAGCCAACGAAGUGAGCAAGUGCGUGAAGUUUUGCUCCCCGGGUCCCCAUGUCAUUCUGCAGGUGAUUCGUCCCGCCCGUUUCACCAAAGAGGAGGAGGAGGUGGCUCGCUUGAUCAAGGAGAUCUUCAGCCUGAAGGCCAAGAAAUACAUGAUCCUCUUGUUCACCCGGAAAGAAGAUCUGGAAGGAAAGGCUCUGAAGGACUUCAUCGACCAGGGAAACGUUGGGCUGAAGGAGCAGGUGUACAAUUGUAGGGGGCGCUUCCUGGCUUUCAACAACAAGGCCGAAGGAGCAGAACGAGAGGCUCAGGUGAAGGAACUGAUGACCAUGAUUGAUGAGCUGGUGGAGAAGAACAAAGGGGAUCCUUGCUACACGGAAGACAUGAUGAGGGCCGACAAGGAGAACUUCAAGAAUAACAAAAACCUUCCCUGGUUGUGUCCCUUGGUUAAAUCGGUGGUUUGUGCAGUUCAACCUGUCGAGAAAUGGCUGGAAGUGCUGGAGGUGAUUCGUCCUGCCCAUUUCACCAAAGAGGAGGAGGACGUGGCUUGCUUGAUUAAGGAGAUCUUCAGCCUGAAGGCCAAGAAUUACAUGAUCCUCUUGUUCACCCGGAAAGAGGACCUGAAAGAUACGACUCUGGAGAAAUUCAUCGCCAACAGAAACUCCACACUUAAGGAUCAGGUGUCCAGGCUCACCCCACCCCCAGGCGAAGAGCAACCGGCGGGGCGAAAGAGGACCUCCGAGAGGGGGAAAGGAGGAUUUAUUGAUGGAUCUCAUGAUCUCCGCCCACUCCGAGUGCCCCACCCCGCCCUCCCCACCCAAAUAAAUAGGACUUUUACGCGGCAUUUCCUGCACAGAAGCUUCUCGCAGCCUCCUAGGUGGAGCCAGAAGAGCGGCGGCAGCGAAGCCCCCUCCCCACCGGUCAGCUGCCUCUCGAAAGAGGGUCUCAGAAAUCCCCAGAUUUUCUCCUGUGUGAAUAUGCUAGCCAUUACUGAAAGCGUCCCAGGGUUGGUAGGGACUGAAAGGAGGAUCGUCCUGGUGGGCAAAACUGGCAACGGGAAAAGCGCCACAGGAAACACCAUCCUGGGGGAGAACCUAUAUCCGUCUAAGAUGUCCCCUACUUCCACCACGAAGACUUGCCGAAAGGGGGUGACACAGUGGAAGGGGAGGGAAAUUGUGGUGGUCGACACGCCAGGCUUUUUCGACCCCAAGGUUCCCAAGUGGGAAAUUGCUGCUGAGGUGAGCAAGUGUGUGACGUUUUGCUCCCCGGGUCCCCACGUCAUUCUGCAGGUGAUGCGCCCCACCUGUUUCACCCAGGAGGAGAAGGACGUGGCUCAAUUGAUCAGCGAGAUCUUCAGCCUGAAGGCCAAGGAUUACAUGAUCCUCCUGUUCACCCGGAAAGAGGACCUGGAUGAGACCUCGCUCGAGACAUUCAUGCAUGAGGAACCCUCUCUUUUGGAUCAGGCAUCCCAGUGCGGGUAUCGCUACUUAGCCUUCAACAACAAGGCCACAGGAGAACGAGAGGCUCAGUUGGACGAGCUGAUGACCAUGAUUGAUAAGCUGGUGGAGAAGAACAAAGGGGCUCCUUAUUACACGGAAGACAUGCUGAAGAAAGACAAAGAGGAGUAUAAGGAAAAAAUGAAGGAAGAAAAGAAGGGCUCCCGGUGGUGUUUUCUUUUCUAACAGACACUGGAAAGCCCCUCUACUUGAUCCUCUCCUCCAAGAUGGCAGCUCUGCCAAAGGCCACAGCCCUGCGCUUCCUGUUCUAAAUUGUAAUCCAGCUCUCCUCCCUUCCUUACUAUCUUGGGGUUUCUUUUGUCUGUGUCAGCCUCUGCUUUGCUGCUGCUUCGGCUGCCAUUGAAACGGGGAGGGGGGGCAUGGU